GACGGCUACUUUCACAUGAGUUCGGUGGAAAUCGAACAAUUCCGAGAUCUCGUUGUUCGGGCUCAUGAUAAAUACGUUGCCAAUCAACAAAUCGAAGACGAUUACGCCGAUGCUCCCAACGAAUUCCGUGAUCCUCUUAUGGACACGUUGAUGACUGAUCCGGUGAUUUUACCAUCGGGCAAUGUUAUGGAUCGUUCCAUUAUCACGCGUCACUUGUUGAACAGCAGCACCGAUCCAUUCAAUCGGCAGCCACUAACUGAAGAGAACCUCCGACCAGAUAAUGAACUCCGUGAACGUAUAUUGGCCUGGAAGCGUGACAAACGCGAAAAAACAAUCCAACUCAAUCCAAACGAUAAAUGUUAAAAAAAAAACUCAACAAACAAGCAUCAACCAAUUGAAGAUUGAUUUAAAACAUUGGUAUUAGAAUUAAGAAAUCGUAUUUGAAAAACAAGAAAAUCGCUACAGAGAGAGAGAGAGGGGGGGAGAGGAUUCUUCUAAAUCGAUUGUUAUACUUAAGUUAUUAUCACAUACAGAAACAAACAAACAAUAGAUUUACUGAAUCACCCGAACUCACGUGUUAAGUUAAGCGAUAAAAAUACUAUGAAUCUGGUUAAAAACCGAACCCCUUCAAAAUUACUAAUUGUGUAUUCGAAAACCGAGUUUAAAACGUGAACAUUGCAAUCAUUACAAGAAGAAAAAAACAAACAUUAUAUUUCUAUUACGAUCUAUCCAAGAACCGCGCAUAUUUUUUCAUUUGCUUCGAAUUUUUGUUCGGUUCCAAAAAAGAAAAAACGCAGUUUUUUGGUCCUUCAAAGAAAAAAUUCGAUUUAUUUUUCACACAACUUUUUUGAGUAUUUUUCUUUCCUUUAUUUAUGUUGUAAAACAAAACAAAA